AUCCAUAAAAGAAACAAAUAGUAUUUCGGACAGUAGUAAUUGAUAGUAUAUUUGGAUUAACUUAUCUUUACACAUAAUCAAUUCUGUGGUAUAAAAUGUCUAUAGUAAAUUGAUUUUGACUUAAGAAUUGGUAACUACUAAUCGGUUUUGUCCUUAGACCCCUAGAUUUCAUACCCCCAAUUUAGAUGGAAAAUGAUCGAAUGAAAACAUUGGUAACUACUAAUCGGUUUUGUCCUUAAACCCCUAGAUUACCAAAGUUCUAAACCCUCUUUACCAACAUUUUGCUUAUGUUUUUGCAUAAGUUUUGGCAAGUGGUCACCGUAUGAUAUUUUUCUAUAAUAAUAAUGAUAAUAAUAGUUUUACAAAUAAUUUACUUCACAUAUACUCUAGUUUUACACUAAUAUAGGAAUAAAGAAGUUAUAAUUAAAUUUGUUCUUUUUAUUAUCUAAACAAUGGAGUAAAAUAUUUGACUACAUUCCAUCAUAAAAUAUCUUCUUUGAUACAUCGUCAAACUAGCAGGAAAGCAAACAACACUAAAACUGUAACAGUCACUAAACAUGAAAAUGGAUGAAGGAGAGAAAGCUUUCAUUCAUCGGCGACUCCCCUCACGCGCCGCCGCUUCCACCCAUUCCGUUCGACCUCGUGGUGGAAAUCCUCUGCAGACUCCCGGUAAAGUCACUCUUGCAAUUCCGCUGCGUAUGCAAAUCUUGGAAUUCUCUAAUCUCUGAUCCCAAAUUUGCCAAAAAGCACCUCCAUUGUUCACCGGCGAACUUCACCCGCCACCACCUCAUCGCAAGCUACCUCAACGACUCACGCCAGCUCCGUCUCAAGGCUCACCCGCUCCUCUCUGUUUUCGACACCGUGCCCGCCACCGCCGCUCAGCUUGAGUACCCUCUGAAAAAAUAUAAAAUAAAUAUUGAUCAAAUUGUUGGCUCUUGCAAUGGCAUUGUCUGUGUUGCCAACCAUCAAAACUUUACUCUUUUCUGGAACCCUUUUACUCGGAGAUUCAAAAAAUCCCCACCUUUGGAAAAUCCAAAUAUACUUGGUUACACAGUAUAUGGUUUCGGUUAUGAUUAUUUUGCUGACAGUUAUAAAGUAGUUGCAGUUUUCUGCUUUGAAGGUGGUGAAGUUUGGUUUUACCACCGAACACAAGUGAAGGUUCAUACUUUGGGUACAAAUUGUUGGAGGAGGAUUCAAGGGUUGCCUUCUUGUUUCCCUGUUGAAUCAGGAAAAUUUGUAAGUGGCAGGCUUAAUUGGUUGGCAACUGAUAAUGACUGGUGUGCAUAUACUAAGAGUAUUAUUUCUCUGGAUUUGGGGAAUGAGUGUUAUCAAAAGAUUUUGCAGCCUGAUGAUUAUGGGCAUGAUGGUGAAAUGGGGGUUUGACUUUGGGUGUGUUGAGGGAUUGCUUGUGCAUUCUUUCGGUCUUUGUGAUAUUUGGCUUAUGAUGGAGUAUGGAAAUAAAGAGUCUUGGACUAAAUUGUUCAGUGUUCCUAGCCUGGACGAACACCUAUUCGCCAAUCCA